AUGCUGCUCCCAAAAGUGAUACCGUUUGCUGUGGUGCUGGCGUUUGUGACGCUGGCGGAAGGCACUGCGUCCAAAAACACACGCCUUCUUGGUGAGCUACAGCGACAUCUUGUGCAGCCAGCCAUACCGCUCGAAUUUGUGCCACGCAACGAAAACAUUGUGGGCGAUCGGUUCCGUACAAAGGUGGAUCACUUCAAUCCACAAAACAGGGACACGUUUGAGUUUAGCUACUUUUCGAACGAUGAGUUCUACCGGCCAGGUGGACCGAUUUUCAUCUUCGUCGGUGGAAACUUCGCACUGACGACGUACUACAUCGAGCACGGGUUGCUGUAUGACACGGCAGCUCGCGAUGGGGCGUGGUUGUUCACGAACGAGCAUCGAUACUAUGGAACCAGCACUCCGGUGCCGGACUAUUCGACGGAGAACUUACGCUUUCUGAAGUCGGAACAAGCUCUGAUGGAUCUGAUCGAGUGGAUUGAUCACCUGCGCAACAACGUGGUGCAGGAUCCGAACGCCAAAAUCAUCCUGAUGGGUACUGGAUAUGCGGGAGCCCUCGCAACCUGGGCCCGACAGCGCUUCCCGAACAUCAUCAACGGUGCGUGGGGUGCGGGAGCCACGGUUCUGGCGAGUUUCGACUUCCAGGAGCAUGCGGGUGACAUUGGUGAAAUCAUUCGUCGCUUCGGUGGAGACGAGUGUUACAGCCUGAUUUGGGUCGCGUUCCGCACCGCCCAAUAUCUGAUCGACGCUGGGCGGGAAGAAACGGUGACGAACCUGCUCAACACCUGCGAACCCAUCGAACAGGGUAGCCUGCUGGACAUGGAGACGCUCUUCUUCCAUCUGAAGCUGGCCAUCCAGGAAGCGAUGCUCAACGUGCAGACCACCGAAAAGAUCCGCGAUGUGUGCGAAAGCAUGGUUAACAGUACGGAGGAAACUGCACUGGAAGAUCUUGCUACCUGGCUGAACGAAUAUUACGCCAAUCUGGCCUGCAAUCCGUUCGACUUCGAUUCGAACAUGGAAGCGGGCCAAGUGUUGCAACCGGGUGCUGUGGAAAAUUCCAUCCUUGGGCUGCGUCAGACACAGUACCAGGCAUGCACCGAGUUCGGUUGGUUCCGGACGACGGAUCUGGACGAGCAGCCGUUCGGGGAUCGAGUAUCGAUGCAUUUCUUCCUGGAGGCGUGUCGGGCACUGUUUGGCCAAUGGGUGUCGGAUGCCGUCAUUUACGAGGGUGUGCGCUUGACGAACCUUCACUACGGCGGACAGGAUCCACGAUCGACAAACGUACUGUUUACGAACGGAGAGCUCGAUCCGAAUCGUCUGGUAUCGAUCACGAGCUACAUCAAUCCGCUGAGCUACGCGUACGUCGUGCCGGGUGAAUUCCUGUACUCGGAAAUCUACUCCAUCAGUGAGGAGGAUUCGACCGAACUGACGACCAUUAAGACUAGCAUCCAGGCCUACAUUAGCUCAUGGCAGGGAGAAGGUUUGAUGCCAGUGUAA